GAACAACACCUUUCUCAUCUCCAGAUAUCUAUUUCUUGCACACUACCCUUUGAAGUACACAGCCGACGUCUCUCGCUUAUCGUUCUAUACAUACGCCAUCCUUCUGCAAGUCUUCCUUGCAGUUCCGCUGGAACCGAUUGCCUGCCAAUCACAACCCCGCACGCUGAGCCCUACGUCACACGUCUGACCUCAUAGGGUCCCCGCAGGCGCCCCAAGAUGUCGGUUCUAGCUCUCAAAGCGAUCGGUUACGGCGCCGAACAGAUUCCUGACAGCUUCUUUGAGAAAAUUCCAGGCGGAUACUUUACGCCGAAAGAAAAGAAAGACCGGAAAAAGGCUAGGAAGGAUCGCAAAGAGAAGGGACAGAGAAGCGAGAGUCGACGUUCGCAGCGAGAUCGCAGCCCUUCGACGGAUGAGUCGGACUACAGCGCUUACGACGAUACCGAUAACGAGAGAGAGCAAAGAAAGAAGAAAGAACGAAGUCGUCGAACGAGGAACGCAGGAAGGAGUUCUAGUAGAAGUCUGAGCCGUGGCAGAUACAACCAGCGCAGCAUAGAUUCGGACGGCGCAUUCAGCGACCAUACAGAUAUGGCAAACGUCGAGCAGGGACAAGGCGGGCUCCCAUACUUCCCUCCGCCGCCUCAAUCUGCGUAUGAGGCAUACAGCCCGCAGGACUAUCCUCAAAGGCAAGCGCAAGAUGAUUUCUACCGACCAUCAUCAGCGCGGCCGGCGUACACCCACCCCUCUCAGCCAGCAGCUGUGCCACUGCAUAGCCAGAUACAUGACCCUUCUUCACCUACAGUAGCAUAUGGUGCUGAAGCUGCGCACCGCUUUGAGGAGAUCCAACACGCAAAGUCCACGCCAGGACAACAACCUCGAGUUCGUUCUACAGCGCGGUACUCUCCAGGUCCAGGUUAUCAACCUUCGCCUCCAGUGAUGCCAGUGAUGCCAGUCGCUGCUAUUCCUCCUCCUCCAAUCGGCUCGAACUCUGAGUAUCCUCCCUACCAUCCUGCAGAGUUUGCUUCCGGCAAUCCCAACCUCCAGGCGUCUGGUAAAUCCUAUGUCGCACCACCACCCUUUCGCCGUCAACGAUCGAACUCUCAACCAUCCUACGCAUCAGAAUACGAUGCGCCAUACCCAUCCUACCCUCCUCCCAUUUCUAGCCAGCAAGUUUCUCAAUACGACCGAUCACCCAGCCGCCGUGACAGCAGCACCAAGCACCGCCGUGAACACGGGCGUAGGGCAAGGUCUGCUGAUUCUCACUCCCCAUCCCGCUCUUCUCGCCAGUCCCGUCAUCAAGAUCGUUCACGCAAAUCCCAUCAUGAAGAAGAUUCACGCAUGGCUGACUUUCGUGAAAGAUUUGAUGGCAUGGACUUACGGAAGAAGAGUCUGGCGGCUACGGUGGGCGGUGCGUUAGCGGGCGGACUUGCAGGCAAAUCUAUGGGAGGUCGCAGUAGGCUAACGGCUAUAGUAGGCGCGGCUGCAGGUGCUCUCGGAGGUCGAACGUUGGCGGAAAAAAGAGAAGGGGGUCGAGAUGACUACCGCUCUUCGUCUCGUCCGCGCUCCCGCUCACGCUCCCGCUCACGCUCGCGCACUCGUGACCGCGACCAGAAACAAGACCGUAGUCUGCGUGCUAGAAGCAAAAGCGUGAUCGACCGGUUCCGUGGGAAAUCUCGUGAUGUCGAAGUCCGAGUCAGGUCUCGCGACAGGGACGACUACCGUUCUUCUGAUGAGGACCGAGACAGGCAUCGCGAGAGGGAUGAUCGUCGUCCUCGUGAAGACCGAGAUAGGCAUCGCAAAAGGGACGACCGUUCUUCUCGUCAUGGUCGCAAAUAUGUCGAGGAAGAAGAGUAUGAUUACUUUACUUCGUCGGAGUCCGAAGGCGAUGGCUCACCUGUCCACGUGCGCAGGAGGACAACCAGACGGGAACGCUAGGUUUAGUAGUCGAGGAUGUUUUGAUAUUCUGUUAUCGUCUUUUUCCGUGUUUUUGCGUUCAUGUUUCUACGUACGAACAAGGGAGCGACUUAUGAUUACGACUUGACGAACGGCACGAACCAUCAAUUUUGCGAUGUUAAGUUACAUCGUUACCAGACGUGUCUGAUAGAAUUCUGCA